AUGAUCCUGUUCGACCCCAGACAUGGCUCGCGCACAGCCGACAGCAGCGGCAGCAUGGAACGCGAUGUUGCCGACGAUCAACGAGGCCUCUUCGUUCCGGUGUGGUUUAGGAAGCAGCCGAUCGGUGACACCGACAUGAACCUCGGCAGUCUGCUCUUCGGAUUCUCUCUGGCCGUCGCCAUGUUCGCAGCUGUGAUAGGCGGUGCCCAGACCCUCGGCACGUGGCGACGACGACACCGCUUCACGGCCUACAUAGUCAUGAUCUGGAUCGAGUGGAUUGCCAGCAUGGCAGUCGCCCUUCUGACAUGGUCGUACCUUCGGGGCCAUGUGCCAUCCAGCUUGUGGACAUUUUUCUUCAUGGUUUUUCUCGGGCAACUCCAGGUCCAAUUCCUUUUACAGAUCAUUAUCAAUCGAAUAUCCCUCCUGAUCAUUGUACCAGGGAAGGCCGCAAAGCUGAAAUGGGGCAUUGCCGGUCUCGCCACGGCCGUCGGUAUCAGCGUCUUCUGCAUAUGGAUUCCGGCGCAUAUGCAGAUCAGCGAGCGCUACGUCCACAUCAACGAAGUCUGGGACCGUAUGGAGAGGUCCAUAUUUACUAUAGUCGACUGCGGCCUCAGCUUUUACUUCAUCUACCUGGUUAGGUCCCAUCUCAUCAAGAACGGCCUGACAAAGUACAAACGACUCUAUCGAUACAAUUUAGUCAUGAUAUUCGUCUCAUUAUCGCUAGAUGUCGUACUAAUAGGACUGAUGUCCUUGCCAAACCACUUGGUAUACAUGCAAUGCCACCCGGUUACCUACCUGAUGAAGCUCGUGAUCGAGAUGAAUAUGGCAGAUUUGAUCGGCAAGGUGGUCAAGGCGUCGAAUCCCAUAACCGGACUCGAAAGCAGGGGUUCGCUAAUCAACAACCCGACAACAGCAACCUCUCAUUUCGCGAACGCAAUAGGACUAAGACGCGGGAGUAGCUUCGGUGAACGGUCCUUUAAUCAUCGAGCCAACGAAUAUUACCACAAUGUUAUGAGACCCAAGCACGCCGCCCGUGUCAACAUAGGCGACUAUACCGAUAAGCAGCACGCCUUUGAUCUCAAACUGGGCUGUAUACACUACUGCUCGGAUACCGAUCCGUCGUCACUAGGUGGUGGAAAACAGAGGGUGAUGAGCGGAAGUGGAAGUGGAAGUGUGGGCACGGAUAGCUUAUCUAUCUCACCAAAUCAGUCAGCCUAG